AUUGGUGGCCUAUCUAUACAGGGCUACAAGUCACCUGGAUACCCUCUUAGGAAACGUGGGAUGGAGUAGUCUGAGGGGCGCAAAAGAGCUUGCGGCACAACUACGUACUGAUAAGUUUAUUCUCUGCUGCUUCUCAAAGUCGAGUUGGGGCCUUACAGGGACCUCAGGAUGGCUUAGGGAGCGCCUUCUACCCAAGACAUGAUGUACGGAAGCUGCCUUUUGGAGAAAGAAGCAGGCAUGUACCCGGGCACUCUCAGGAGCCCUGGGGGAGACGGCACAACUGGGACAGGCGGCACGGGGGUCGGUGGGAGUCCGAUGCCAGCCUCCAAUUUCGCUGCGGCACCGGCUUUCUCGCACUAUAUUGGGUAUCCUCAUAUGCCCAGCAUGGAUCCUCACUGGCCGUCUCUGGGAGUCUGGGGCUCACCCUACAGUCCCCCGCGAGAAGACUGGAGCGUGUAUCCUGGACCGUCUAGUACAAUGGGCACGGUGCCGGUGAACGACAUGACCUCUAGCCCCGCCGCUUUCUGCUCGACCGACUACAGCAACUUGGGCCCUGCGGGCGGUGGAACUAGCGGCAGCAACCUACCAGGCCCGGCUGGCCGGUCGCUUGUCCCGACGGACGCAGGCGCCGCCAACGCCAGUUCCCCUAGCAGGAGCCGCCACAGCCCCUAUGCAUGGAUGCGCAAGACCGUGCAGGUGACGGGGAAAACCAGGACAAAAGAAAAGUAUCGUGUAGUUUACACUGAUCAUCAAAGAUUGGAGCUGGAAAAGGAAUUCCACUGCAAUAGAUAUAUCCCCAUCCGGAGAAAAUCAGAGCUGGCAGUUAACCUGGGCCUUUCUGAGAGACAGGUGAAAAUCUGGUUUCAGAAUCGCAGAGCCAAGGAGAGAAAGAUGAUCAAAAAGAAAAUCUCUCAGUUUGAGAAUAGUGGAGGCUCGGUGCAAAGUGACUCUGGCUCCAUCAGCCCUGGGGAACUACCUAACACUUUUUUCACCACACCAUCUGCAGUUCGUGGAUUUCAACCUAUUGAGAUACAGCAGGUUAUAGUCUCCGAAUGAAAGAAAGCAAAGGGAAAUUUAAAGUGCCCUUUUUUUAGUGGUGCCUUUUGGUUAUCUGCAGGGGAGUUGGAGCAGGGUGUAAUUCCCUGUAAGGCAGUAUUUGGAACGGAUGGAUGCACAAUGGGUUGAAGAUAAUUUAGGGGACUUUUACUUUUAGAAAGUAUCCCCAGAAAACUCCUGUCAUGUGCUGUGCUAGAUGUCAGUCACUCAGGAAGCUUAGUGGUAAGGUAUAUAAUUAAAAGCUAGAAUCACAGGCCCUUCCAACUCUGUUCACAAUUUCAGAAACUUGCUUAUGAAUAGACUGUAAAAUACAAUUUUGCCAGAAAGCACAUUUGUGUAUGUGUACUUUUGUUUGUUAUUUGAUGCUAGGUGUUUUCUUUUAUGCUAUCUUUAAGGAGUGAGAAGAAGGUAAACCAAAGUUUACCUAUCUUUAGCUACCUUUCCAAGUGUUUAAUUCAAAAGCUAACAGAAUUUUUAUAACAAGAUAAAUGUUUUAAAAAUCAUCAGAAGGUGAUUCUGAUUCCAUUGUCACUGCUUAACAAGAAUAACCAAUAAAAAAGACAAUUUUGGCCCUCAA